AUGGCCAAACUGCUCCAGCUGGCCAGGCUGCGCAGAAUGGUCAAGCUGGCUGGUCAAUUCGGACAGAUCGGCCAGACUCAACCACCUACCCAGGCUCGGCCUACCAGAGCAAAUCGUGCCGUAUACGGGCCCCAAUCUGCGCUAACUGAUUUCCUUGCCUCGCACAACAUUUCUGCAAAUCAGAUUCGUGCAGAUGCUGAUGCUCGACGACGACAAGCAGCGGCCAGCAACACCGCGCAGAAUGGAGAUGAGGAUGAAGAUGGCGAAUCCUCAGAGGCCCCUCUUUCCGCUAGCACUCGGCGACGCUCAGGCCGGAACGCCACCACUGAAUCUACAAAGCGGAAGAGGGAGGAAGAAAAGAGGAUCCAAAAGAUCAAGGAAAGCAAAUCCUUCAAGAGACGCAAGAAGAGAGUCGACGCUUCCGAUGACGAUGAACUCGCUCGGGCCAUUUUUGAACAGACAUCAGCUCCCCUUCCCGGCCAGAUGGAAAACUGCGAGAUCUGCGACAAGCGCUUCACUGUCACCCCCUACUCGGUUGCUGGCCCUAACGGCGGCCUCUUGUGUGCCCCUUGUGGUAGAAAGGUGGCCAAGGAACACCAGGAUCAACCUAAGAAGAAGGCGAAGAAGCAGACAGGCGCCAGUGGUGUCGGAAGACGCCGUGCUAUCCAGAGCCGCAUUCUCGACGGCGAUUUCGGCACCAAGAGUUUGGCGACGCUCUGUGUUCAGACCUUGGCCAAGAAUGUCGAUCUCGCAGACAGUCUUGGAGACCUUCCCGAUCACUUGAUCGACAAGAUUGCGCGAAUGUUUUCCAAGAGACGUCUGCUCAAGCCAGAGACUCUCCCUCUCUUUGUUCAACCCAACACAGAGAGCGUGCACAUUUACGAUGGCGCAAGACUCGGUGAGCAAGAGUACAUUGGCAUCUUUCAGGUCGCCCAGCAGCUGCGACACCUCAAGAUUCGAUGCGGCAUCCAGUUCAAGGACGAGGUUAUGGAUUACCUCUUGUCUCGCGAUAUCGCUCUCGAAUCUUUUUACCUCCACGGAGCAAACCUCUUGAGCGAAGACAAGUGGCACGAGUACCUUCGCGCCAAGGGUGAAACGCUGAGAGCCCUGCAAGUUUACUAUACCGACAAACAUUUUGGUGACGACACCAUGGUGGUGCUGAAGGAGCACUGUCCCAACCUGAAGCGUCUCAAGGUUGAGAACAACCAAAAGUUUACCGAUGUUGGCGUCAAGGCCAUUGGAGAUAUAUCCACACUUGAACAUGUCGGUCUUCAGCUACAGAACAAGACUCACACGUCGGCGUACAAUGAACUCGUCUCAAAGAUUGGCACGAACCUUCGAACCCUAUCGCUCAAGGUGGUUCCUGGAGUCGAUGAUGGUUUGCUACGGGCCAUCCACCAACACUGCCGAUCGCUCACCAAGCUUCGCAUCACAGACAGUGAGGAAAUGACGGACUUUGGCUUCGCUGACCUGUUCACUGACUGGGCCAACCCGCCUCUACACUACGUGGAUUUCCAGAAGUGCCGACAGCUUGAUGCGAGCCAGCCGCGAGAGAACCCAGACAAGCUUGGGCUGUGCAGUGACGGGUUCAAAGCCCUGAUGACGCAUUCUGGACAGAAGCUGCAGUAUCUCAACGUGCAUGCCUGUCGUCACAUCACACGGGAGGCCUUCGAAGAGGUAUUCCACCCAGAUGCCCAAUACCCAGAGCUGAAGGAGCUUGAAAUCAGCUUCUGCGAAGAGGUGACGGACUUCAUCUUGGGGUCCAUUUUCCGUUCGUGUCCUAGCAUUCGGGAGGUGAAUGUGUUUGGAUGCAUGAAGGUGAAGAGCGUCAGAGUGCCUCGAGGAGUCAUUCUGGUUGGAGUCCCCAACGCGCAGGGUAUGAUUGUCGAGGGUGAACAUUGA